AUGAUAAUUCUCGAAAAUAGUAGUUUCCCGCCAGGAUUUCGGUUCCGGCCGACGGACGAGGAGCUGCUAUGCUACUACCUCAGGCGGCGCGUGGAGGGCCUUCCCAUCGCAUGGAACGCGAUUGGCGACGUGGACCUGUACAAGUCCGAGCCUUGGGAACUGCCAGCCAGAGCAACAUGCCCUAUUGCUGGUGACGGCGAGUGGUUCUUCUUUGCAGCCCGCGACCUCAAGUACCCAUCAGGGUCAAGGUCCAACAGAGCCACAGCUGCUGGGUACUGGAAGGCCACUGGGAGGGCCAGGCCAGUUCACGUGCGGCUGACAGGGAGCAGCGGUGGUAACGAUGGCAAGGGGGAGCCGACAGACAGGCUGGGAUUCAAGAAGACUCAUGUCUUCUACACGGGCCGGGCGCCAGGAGGGGACAAGACUGACUGGGUCAUGCACGAGUACCGGCUGGCAGAGGAUUCGCCUGUAGCUGGACCGGCUGCUACAGACAAUGCACACGCUACAGAUGCUACAGACAAUACACCUGCUGCACAUGCAACAGCCGGAUCGGAUCCAGCAGCAGUAGCAGCUGCACACGCACCUGCUACGCAUGAAAGCAUCGCAGAUGGUGUGGAUACAGCAGUGGGUGCUGUAAAAAGCAGAAACAACAGCAGAAAAUAUAAAGCGACCAACCCAGACACCAGAGGUGUGGGUGGUGCUGCUGGUGGGGUGGCCGGCAGCAGCAGACGCCUCGAAGCCAUCAUCCCAGCGCUUCAAGCUGGCAUCGCUCAGAGGAUCGGCGCAGCGGCGUGGGUGGUUGUGCGGGUAGUCAAGAGAAGCUCCCUGACAGCUGAGGAGCAAGCGAUGGUGGCACGCCAGGGGAUGGCCGCACAGCAGGGGAUGGCAGCACAGCAGGGGAUGGCAGCACAGCAGGGGAUGGCAGCACAGCAGGGGAUGGCAGCACAGCAGGGGAUGGCAGCACAGCAGGGGAUGGCAGGACAGCAGGGGAUGGCAGCACAGCAGGGGAUGGCAGCACAUCAGGGGAUGGCAGCACAGCAGGGGAUGGCAGCACAGCAGGGGAUGGCAGCACAUCAGGGGAUGACAGCACAGCAGCAGGGUGUGAAUCCGUGGCCCUUCGUGCAGCAGCAAGGGAGCGGAGCAGAGCAGCAACCGGGUGACGCUGGGGGGGAUAGGAGAGCAGGUUGGGCUGGUAAUGAAGGUGGUGCUACUGGCUCAGGUGGGCUGCCUCUACAAGCUGUGAAUCCGUGGCUCUUAGUGCAGCGAGGGAACGGAGCAGAGCAGCAACCAGGUGACACUGGGGGGGAGAGGAGAACAGGUUGGGCUGGUAAUGACGGUAGGGCUGGGAGCACAGGUGCUGCUAGGGGCUCAGGUGCUGCUAGUCGCUCAGGUGGUGGUUACAAUUCAGGUGGUGCUAUCGAUUCAGGUGGUGCCAUCUAUUCAGGUGCUGCUAGGGGCGCAGGUGCUGCUAGGGGCUCAGGCGGUUGUAGCGGCUCAGGUGGUUGUAGCGGCUUGGGAGGGGUGAAUAUUGAGGCGGGAGAUGGUAAGGGACAACACACGCAUCAGCAACACACGCAUCAGCAACACACGCAUCAGCAACACACGCAUCAGCAACACACGCAUCAGCAACACACGCAUCAGCAACACACGCAUCAGCAACACACGCAUCAGCAACACACGCAUCAGCAACACACGCAUCAGCAACACACGCAUCAGCAACACACGCAUCAGCAACACACGCAUCAGCAACACACGCAUCAGCAACACACGCAUCAGCAACACACGCAUCAGCAACACACGCAUCAGCAACACACGCAUCAGCAACACACGCAUCAGCAACACAUGCUUCAGAGACUCAUGCAGCCGGAGCAGGGACUCAGUUCUUAUCCACCUCGGCAGUGA